AGGUUCACGUUUUCAAAACACGGCAGCGCGAUCAGACUGUGGUAAAGUAACAGACAUUGUGCUGUGCCGUGUACCUUUUGGGCUUCUCUGUGUUUGUGUGCUGUCUCUUGUGUAAAUCUCACAUCUUUAGUGAACACAUCCGCAUCACUAGAGACAAACUGGCGCUGAAAUGGAGCCAGCGCUGGGCUAUUUCCGUUCUGUUUGGACUCUAAUAGUUUAGGGAUGUCCUAGCCCUCUGACCCCUGACCCCUGGAGAGCAUGGUGAUCCUGAGAGCCCACAUGUGUCCUGGCCUGGAGCUGCAGUUAGUGCGAGACCUGCGCGCAGCUGACAUCUCUACAGUGGAGGAGCUGGUGUCAACUGAUCUGGAAGUUUUGGCUCAGAAAUGCUCCGUCUCAUACAAGGCACUGUUGGCCAUCCGCAGAGUGCUCCUGGCUCAGCACACGGCCUUCCCUGUGUCUGGAGCAGAUCUGUAUGAAGACCUGCUCAACUCCACCGCCAUCCUGUCUACAGGACACCCCCGGUUAGAUGAGCUGUUGGACUCGGGGCUGUACACUGGGGAGCUGACGGAGCUGUCAGGAGGGCCGGGCACGGGGAAAUCCCAGGUGUGCUUCGGGGUGGCUGUGCACAUCGCCCUUCAUCUCAAACACGCCGUCAUCUUCAUUGACACCACUGGGGGCAUCACGGGCAGCAGACUGCAGCAGAUGAUCCAGACUGAGAGCAGCAGCCUGGAGGAGCAGAUGGCCACUCUGCAGAGGAUCCAUGUGUUCCGUGUGUUUGACGUGUUCUCAUUACUGGACUGUGUGUGCAGCCUGCGCCGCAGCGGCCUGCAGCCGGUGUCGGUGGGCGGGGCUUGUGUGCGGGCCAUCAUCAUCGACUCGGUGUCUGCGGUCGUCUCUCCUCUGCUGGGCUCCAGGCACACAGAAGGUAUGUCCCUGAUGAUGCAGCUGGCAGUUCUUCUCAAGGCCCUGGUCAAAGACUUCAGUGUGGCAGCUCUGGUGACCAACCAUGUGACCCGCAGUGUGGGCGGGGCCGUGCGUCCUGCUCUGGGGGUGUCCUGGAGCCAUGUUCCCCGCACACGGCUUCUGCUGGAGGGGCCGAGCCAGAGCGCGCACAGUCUCAGCUCCUGGAGGUCUGCCACGCUCAUCAAGUCCUCCAGACAGCCUUGUCACAUGAGAGUGGAGUUUGACCUGAGCUGGUGGAGUCGCUCUCAAGAAGCCCCUUCAGCCAAAAGAAAACACCCUGAGACCACCGGGUAACUGCCCCGGGUCUGCCACCUUCACUAUAUGGACUUUUACAGCAUCAUCACUUAUUCUGUUUUGUUAUAACGUGUGGUACAUACUGUGUUAGUCUAAAUCUGAACAUGUAAGUAGAGCUGCAUCUUUUAGUACGACUGCAAUUAUAUCACAUUUGAGAAAAGACUCAAACUGAAUUGAUUCGUUCAUGCAGCCAUGAAUUUCAGAACAUGUCUGUAGAGGUCUGAGCUACAUGAACAGUAAGAGCUUUCUAUGAAAAGACAGGAGUUUGUUGUUUACUAUUUGUAGCCACAGCUGUCCUGGGGCAGACUGACAGAAGUGUGGCUGCCAAUCUGCGCCAUCAGCCCCUCCGUCCACCAUCAUCUCACACACACACACACGCAUGCACACACCACUUUCUUCCUUGUAUAUUGUGCAGCCUUACCUGCAACGAAACAAAACAUUAUUUUUUUAAGGGGAAAAAAAAAAUUUCUCCUCAGUUGUAAAUGUGUUUUAACAUUUUAAUAAUUCAUGAC